UCGAUCGGUCGUUCUACUCCUAAAAUGCUGCUCCUAAAGCAUCCGAAUACGCUCCAAACUCUGGAGGUCAAUGAAUUUUGGCUCCGUGAUCAUUGUCGCUGCGGGGAGUGUCUAAACCUGGAUACCAAUCAGCGGCGUUACGAUAUUUUGGAUCUGCCAGCGGAUGUAAAGCCCAUAGAGGUCAAGUACGAAGGCAUACAGUUAAAAGUGCAGUGGAGUGACGACCACCAGUCCAGCUAUGACCUGGACUUCAUAUUCGAGUCCCAGCUGGAACAGUUGAUAAGCCGGCGGUCGAAGUCCACUAUUCUGACGCCCUGGAACCGCAGCAUAAUCUUGCAAAACGAGCGGCACCUGCGAUUCUCGUUGCCCAAGCUGAUUUCCAGUGAUGAGAUAGUCAAAUCCCUGGUGGAAUCUCUGGUCCGCUAUGGCAUAGUCUUCAUCGAUGACGUGGCACCCACGCCAAAUAUGACCGAGCUGGCACUGCGCACAGUUUUCCCCCUGAUGAAAACCUUCUUUGGCGAAAUGUGGACCUUCAGCGAUAAGCCCGACCAUGCUGAUACCGCUUACACCAAGCUUUACCUGGGCUCCCACACGGAUAAUACCUAUUUCUGCGAUGCAGCUGGACUCCAGGCCCUACAUUGCAUCGAGCACUCGGGUUCGGGUGGGGAGAACUUCUUUGUGGAUGGUCUGCAUGUGGUGCAGGAGCUGCAACGUCGUUUUCCCGCCGCCUAUGAUUUGCUGUGCAGGGUUGAGGUUCCUGGGGAGUAUAUAGAAAAGGGCGAGCAUCAUCGCCACUCGGCUCCUAUUAUACAAGUGGAUCCCCUGACUCAGGAAUUCGUUCAGCUCAGACUGAAUGUCUACGAUCGGGCUGUGUUCGAUACCAUUCCACAAGCAGAGAUGACCUACUUCUAUGCCAGUCUUCGUCAGCUCUUGAAAAUUGUCAGGGAUGAAGAGCAGCAGUGGAGUCUGAAGCUGUGUCCCGGCAGCAUCGUGCUGUUCGAUAACUGGAGAGUGCUCCAUGGCCGCCAUGCUUACACAGGAAGUCGCACCAUGUCGGGAUCCUAUGUGCAGCGUACCGACUUUCUCAGCAAGGCUCGCGUCUUGGGCAUUAUCGAAUAAAAAUUAUUAAUAAACAAUGAUAAA